AUGCGCACGCGAACCUCGAACCGCACCAAGACUUUUACGGUGGAAAGGUACGAAUUCGACAGCAGCAGCGAUGACAAAGACGUUGAGCCACCUCGAAAGCGCAAAAACGCCGAAGAACGCGAUGCAAACUUUGACGACGCCCUUGAUGCCAACGAAGCUCUGGACGAGGACGAAGAGAGCGACAACGAAAAGGAGGAUGCCGUUCUCGCCGAGUCCGACGCUGCCGGCCCCUCCGCUGACACGCCUCACAAGUGGCCGAGAAGUCACAUCUCCCGUCAUCGACGCAAGCCCCUCAAGGCACGGCUGCCGGCUGGUAGCGCAUUGGCGUACCGCGACAUCGACCCUGUGCCGCCCGACAGCCACGCAGUCAAGAGCUACGUCGGUCCUUACUCGCGCACCAUCCGAGGUCUGGCCAUGGUCGAGAUGUGGUACGGGCCGACGCUCUCCAAGAUCCGCUUGGCGCAAAGGCUGCUCGACCGCUGGAUUGGCUGGACCGUACUGCCGCCCAAGGUCGUCGCCCACGACGAGCACCUUGGUCUCCGCGCCGUCUGGACACCUGGUUUUUUCGAGGGCGAGGCUAGAUUUGCCCUCUCGUGGAUGGAGCGCGUGAGAAGCAGCCUGGCUCGUGGCCAUGGACCACCCCAGCUGCGGCAGCUGUCCUCGGACGAGGCCGCGCCGUACCAGCUCUCGUCCGGGUCCCUGCCCGUCCUCGUCGGUCCGUAUCCUAACCAGUCGGAGAUUUGUCUGGCGCCCACCGAGGCCUGCUCCAUCGCCCAUUCGGGUCUACCUUUUGCCAAAGAUGAAGACGCCACCAAGAUGGCCGGCGGCUGGGUGCUCGAUGCCGCCGGCAUCGUCAUCGGCAUGGAUUGGGCACCGCGCAGCCGGGAGCUGGCCGUCCAGGUGCUCGCCCUCGCCGUCAUCCCGCACGCGGACCAGAGGAACUACAACUUUGAGGUCGAGCACCAGAAACCAGAUUUUGAAAGGCAUGGCGUCGUGCAGAUAUGGGCCUUUCGAGGAGACAAGUCCCAACACAAUGUCGCGAGGCCUUCCACUCUUCCGCCGCGGCUGCAGAGGACCCUGUGCUUCGAUUACGGCCGUGCGAGGAGGGUCAGAUGGAGCCCCGGCUGUGAAUUGCUAGCCGUCCUGUGCGGUGACGGCAGGAUAUGCAUCGUCCAGGUCGACUGCGACGACGAGGGGGAACGGGGUUACGAAAUGGUCCAGAAUCCCGUCGCUUCAUUGCUCCUGUCGAACGAGCAAGCCGUCAAGGCCACCGCGAUGGCCUGGGUCUCGCUUAACCGCCUCGUGGCAGGCUACUCGGACGGCUCCAUCGCCCUCUGGUCCGUCCACCCGCCUUGCCUCCUCUCGCGACACCCCACCCACCACAGCGCCGUUGUCGACAUCGCCACCGGCUAUCCAGCCAUGCCCUAUCUCGUCGCCUCCACUCCCGUCGGAGGUUCGGCCAAGCUCUUCGACCUGCGCGCUCCGAGCAUCGAGACGACCGAGGUGCAGACCAACGCCGUCAACUGGCAGCCCAACCUGCUCUCCUGGAGCGACCACACCCAGGGCUUCUACUCGACUUACCCCUCGGCGAACGCGCUCAACACCAUGGUCGGUUUUAUGAAUCACCGGCAUUUCCCCCUCGUCCGCCGAGUCUUUACGAGCGAUUGUUUCCUCGCCUGCCUGUCCGUCGGCAAGACGCACCCCUUCCUCCUCGUCGGCACCACCGACGGCUCGCUCUGGUCUCUGAACCCGCAGGGGGAGCUGUUCAAGGCCCGGCGCCCGCCCCAGGACCGCCUCCGCAUCUUCCAGCACCGCCACCGCUCCGCCGACAUGUUUCCCCAACAUUCGCCGGCAUCCGCCCGCGGCGCCUCGCAGAUAAUCCACGGCUUCGCCAUGGAAAAGAACCUGCACGGCCCGGCCGAGGCGAAGCCGGCGCCGAAGAAGUUCAAGAAGGCAAAGAAGGCCGACGAGGCCGACGAAGGUGGCGCCGACGACGAACCAGCCGCGCUCGCGGACCCUACCCGCGGCAUCGUUCACGAGCUUGGCACGAGGAUCACCGUGGUCGAGUGGAAUCCAAACGUCGAGUACGGGUGCUGGGCUGCAGCGGCCAUGGCCUCGGGUUUGGUGCGCGUCAUGGAUCUCGGGCUCGAGAACGUCGGCGACGGGGAUGGCUGA